GCCACUAAUCUCAUCGCACCGACAGACANAGCAAAAGAGACUGGCGGAGGCCAAGGACUGAAGUUCCCCUUUCUGCCUUCAUGAGGAAAGACGGUCCGGCUACCUCCAUCGGCGACGCCCAAGUCGGCAAACUCUUCACCUGCUUCGAGACCAAGCCUCUGGUCGCCACAUGUCUCGCCCUCACUCUUGUCAUGUUCCUCUGGAAUCUUCCACCUUACUACCAGAAUCUCCUCUUCACCACCGCCCGCUCCUGCUCCGCCCCCACCAACACCGCCGACGCCGCCCUCGCCAAUCUCACCAUUCCUCCCAAUACCUCUCUCCCCUUUACUGCAUCCGCCGCUGCCAAAAAGUACUCCACCACCCUCCCAACCGAUCCCAACAACCGAAUUUUCCAGCCAUUUGGUAAUGCUGCGGCUCUAUUCGUUUUAAUGGGAGCCUAUAGAGGCGGACCACGCACUUUUGCCAUCGUCGGCCUUGCUUCCAAACCCAUUCACGUCUACGGCCAUCCUUGGUACAAAUGCGAGUGGAUCUUCAACAAUGGAUCUUCCAUUAGGGCCAAGGCCUACAAGAUUCUUCCCGAUUGGGGCUAUGGCCGUGUCUACACCGUCGUCGUCGUCAAUUGCACUUUUCCCCUCAAUCCCAAUCACGACAAUUCGGGUGGAAAGCUUACGGUUAAUGCCUACUACGGUCAGUCUCAGAAAAAGUACGAAAAGUUCACUGCUCUUGAGGAAUUGCCAGGCUCUUACAACGCAUCCAAGUUCCGUCCUCCUUAUGACUACGAAUAUUUGUACUGCGGUUCGUCUCUCUACGGGAACCUCAGUGCCGCCAGGAUCAGAGAAUGGAUGGCAUACCAUGCCUGGUUCUUCGGGUCUAAAUCCCAUUUUGUGUUUCACGACGCCGGCGGGGUGUCCCCAGAGGUCAGGGCUGUCCUCGAGCCGUGGGUGCGAGCUGGAAGGGUCACAAUUCAGGACAUCAGAGCACAGUCAGAGUACGAUGGGUAUUACUAUAAUCAGUUUCUGGUAGUGAACGACUGCCUCCACCGGUACCGACACGCGGCAAACUGGACAUUUUAUUUCGAUGUGGACGAGUACAUAUAUUUGCCCGAGGGGAGUAGCUUGGAGUCCGUGUUGGAAGAGUUUUCCGCAUUUACUCAAUUUACAAUCGAGCAGAACCCAAUGUCCAGUAUGCUGUGUUUGAACGAUUCCGCUCAAAAUUACUCCAGGAAAUGGGGGUUUGAAAAGCUGCUGUUUAAAGACAUAAAGUCUGGAAUCUGGAGAGACCGGAAGUACGCGAUACAAGCCAAGAACGCGUAUGCUACGGGGGUACACAUGUCGGAAAAUGUGAUUGGAAAUACAACGCACAAAACAGAGUCCAAGAUUAGAUACUAUCAUUACCACAACUCCAUCAUGGUGAGAGGGGAACUGUGCAGGGAAUUCCUCCCCAACUCCGCCAUUCAUAACGUCACAAUCUUCAACCAAACCCCUUUUGUGUACGACGACAAGAUGAAGAAGCUUGCUGACACCAUUAAGGAGUUCGAGCGCCACGCCAUCGGUACUGCUAAUGCGAAGCUCUUCUCCUGAUGUGAUUACAGCUCGAGAACAUCCAUCCGCUUUCAUCAUCUUCCAAGUUGCAAAUUUGGGUGUAGGAAUGUGUGAAUUGUAAGUAGAAGUCGUGAAUGUAUGUGGUAGACAGAAUUGGGGGCAAAUCCGAUUGGAGUGGCUGGAGUUUCUGAAUGUGGAUGUAAUGAUGGGGGAGGGGAAUUAUAUUUGCCCAAACUUUACUCCUCAGUUACUAACUUACUCCUCCUCCGUUACUAAUCUACCCUGGUACUGGUGGUGGUAAAAGAACAGUGACUUUGAAUCCAGUGAUAGAAAGGGAUACAUAGUUGCUUUAAGAUUGUAAUGAGUAGAUUAAGGGACUUUUUUUUUUCUUUUCAUUCUUUCUACUUUGAGCUCUAGCCUUGCAAUUUUAAGGGACUUUUUUCUUUUUUCUUUUUUCUUUUCUUUUCGUGUAUUAUGAAUAUGAUUAUGAAUGGGUUGAGACAGAGAAAAUUGGUGA